AUGAAUAACUGGAUCGUGCUUUUGAGCUUGCUGAUAUGCUCGCAACACACCGCAAACGGGAAUUAUCUGAACGAGUGGUCAGUCCAAGGAAAUCAGGUUUCUGUCAACCCAGGAACUGUCACGAAAUGUGAUCCAACCAUGGAUUAUUUUCCUUAUAAAGCAACAGUGAACUUUGCUAAAUUCAAGAUCGAGUAUUUCAAGACGUACAAGGUUGUGACCAACACUCAAGCUAACCUCAAGUAUGUCCUGUAUCAAUCUGGAUGCCCCAAGCCUCCUGCUGCCGACGCUAAUGAUGUUGCUGGAGCCUUUCAAAUCCCUUUGAGUAGAGUGUAUGUGGAUUCAUCGACCUACUUCGGAGAUUUGGAGCUCAUGGGUGAACGACUUGCAAUCCGACUUGUCAAUGGCGAGUACACGGACAACCCCUGCAUGUGGAGACAGCUCGAUUCAAAGUGGACUGUCAAUUUGCCUUAUGGAGAGCUAUGGACGUCUGCUUCAGGGUUCGAUCUUGAGAACCAGAAUCCCAUCGUCGUGAGCGACAUUUACGAAACAACGUACUACGCAGCAAAUGAAUGGAUCAAGUUUUUUGCAGCAUUCUUCAACAGGGAGAUGUCGGUGCAAAGCUUUGCUGAUGCAGUCCGUCAAAGAUGGGUCUGCAAUUCCAAAGCAGUUCAAACCCAAUCGGUUCAGAAGAAGAUGCUCUUUCUCUAUUAUUGGACCACAUUCUACAACAACAGUAAUCCAGCAUGGAUUACCUACAAAGGCUGGGAAGUGAAAUCAUGCAAAGAAGAAUAUCGUUAUUGUGAAUUGUUUCAGGCUGCUGGAGUGAUUCCAAUCAACAAUGAUACCUCUACUCUGCCGGUUGCUAAUGCUGUCACCAAGAUUGCUGGUCAGGAUUACCAGGCUGUACCAGAUCAGUCAAUCAUCCAAUACGCGAAAGAAGCAGAUAUCAUUUUAUUCAUGAACCCCUGGUGUGACCCCACAGCCGGCACUCAGUGCGUUCAAGGAUUCAUAGAUAUUUUCAACAAGCUUUCGGGAAUCCCAGCGGUCAACAACAAGCAGGUCUUCCAUCUGUCUCGAGUCACUGACCCCAUGGGAGGAACCAAAGAGGAAUCCGAGGGACAGCUGCAACCGGAUGCUCUUCUGAAGGACAUCAUCAAGAUGGCCUACCCCAGACUCCUCCCCAACUACCAGUUCACGUUUGCUCUCAACUUGUAUGACUCGAUCAAGAAUGGCAAUCUUGACUGCACGUCUACCCCUUACGCCCUCGGAUGUCCUGUUAGUGGCUCCGCACUUGCAGCUCAAUGCAACAACCUCACCCAUGUCUACGUGAGUCUUGGACCGGACGGUAGACCAUGA